GCGGAGUGACGCCGGGGCGGGGAGGCGGCCCUGGUGCAGGUACAGCCGGGAGCCUUCCCCAUCCCGAUCCCCAUCCAACACCCCUUCCCCUGAGGCCCCCUGGCUGGCGAGCUCUUAGAGGCACAGGGCUGAUCGGGGCCGCUAGCAUUUCUGUAGCGGUCGUUUAGCGAGCCGGGUGAAGCUGAUUUCUCUCCUACAAGGUUCAGUCCCUGAACGGCCGCUUCUGUCGGAGACAUCAAAUGGUGACAAACCCCGUCUUUGUAUCUUUGUAGGGACACUGGUGUAGCAGAGCGGGCAGGCAGCCUGUAGGCAAAAGGCGCUGAUAAGCAGGGAACACAAAUUGCUCUGAAGAGUUUAAGAUUGUGUGAAAAAGAUGUUUCCUUUAAAAGACUCUGUGAUGGGUGCCUCCACCUUCUUUGCCUCAGCUCUACCACAUGAUGUUUGUGGAAGUAAUGGUCUUCCUCUAACACCUAACUCCAUAAAAAUUUUGGGGAGAUUUCAAAUCCUUAAAACAAUCACUCAUCCCAGGCUUUGCCAGUACGUUGACAUUACCAGAGGUAAACAUGAGAGACUGGUUGUGGCAGCUGAACACUGUGAAAAGAGUCUGGAAGAUUUGCUACGUGAAAGAAAGCCUGUCAGUUCUUCAAGGAUCUUAUGCAUAGCAUAUGAGGUUUUGCAAGGUUUGCAGUAUAUGAAUAAACAUGGAAUGGUCCACCGAGCACUCUCACCUUGCAACAUUCUUUUGGAUCGAAAGGGACAUGUGAAGUUGGCUAAAUUUGGACUCUACCAUAUGACAGCUCAAGGUGUUGAUGUUGAUUUUCCUAUAGGGUACCCAUCAUAUCUGGCACCUGAAGUAAUUGCAGAGGGAAUAGUCAAACCCAGUGAUCAUACUCAGUGUGAGAAGCCUCUGCCUUCUGGCCCUAAAUCAGAUCUGUGGUCUCUUGGUAUAAUAUUAUUUGAGCUUUGCAUGGGGAGAAAAUUAUUUCAGAGUUUGGAAAUAGCAGAAAGAUUGAAAUUUAUACUUAUGUUAGGCUGUGUAGAUGAUAUUGUAACUGUAUUGGCUGAAGAACAUGGUUGUCUUGAUAUUAUUAAGGACCAUUCUGAAAAUGUCAUAGCUCUGCUGAAGAAAUGCCUUACGUUCCAGCCUUCUAAGAGGCCAACUCCAGAGGAAUUGCUGCAUGACAGUUUGUUCAGGGAGGUAUCUUCUCUAUAUCCUCCCUUCCACAAACCUGCUGGUCUGUUCUCAUCUUCUCCAAGGUGUGCUAAUUUAACGCUUCCUGAAGACAUAAGUCAAUUAUGUAAAGAUGAAGAUAAUGAUUACUUAGCAGAAAGAUCAAUUGAAGAGGUUUAUUAUCUCUGGUGUUUGGCUGGAGGAGACUUGGAGAAAGAACUUGUCAACAAGGAAAUAAUUCGUUCAAAGCCACCUGUCUGCACACUUCCCAACUUUUUAUUAGAAGAUGGUGAGAGCUUUGGGCAAGGACGAGAUAGAAGUUCCCUCCUAGAUGACACAACUGUGACUUUGUCUCUGUGCCAGCUCCAAAAUAGGCUGAAAGAUGUUGGUGGAGAAGCAUUUUAUCCAUUGCUUGAAGAUGACCAGUCAACUUUACCUCAUUCAAACAGUAGCAAUGAGCUCUCUGCAGCUGCCAGUCUUCCUCUGAUCAUCCGGGAGAGGGACACAGAGUACCAGCUAAACAGAAUUGUCCUGUUUGACAGGCUGUUGAAGGCCUACCCAUAUAAGAAAAACCAAAUUUGGAAAGAAGCUAGGGUUGACAUCCCUCCUCUUCUGAGAGGCAUAACCUGGGCUGCCCUGUUGGGUGUUGAGGGUGCCAUACAAGCAAAAUAUGAUGCCAUUGAUAAAGACACACCGAUUCCUACAGACAGACAAAUUGAAGUUGAUAUUCCUCGUUGCCAUCAGUAUGAUGAAUUGCUGUCAUCACCAGAAGGUCACGCAAAGUUUAGACGUGUAUUGAAGGCCUGGGUUGUUUCCCAUCCUGAUUUGGUGUACUGGCAAGGUCUUGACUCCCUUUGUGCACCAUUUCUGUACUUGAAUUUUAACAAUGAAGAAUACCUGACGGUGUUUUCCCAGAUGAUUGCAUUCCAUGAUCCAGAGCUGAGUAACCACCUUAAUGAAAUUGGUUUUAUUCCAGAUCUUUAUGCAAUUCCUUGGUUUCUUACAAUGUUUACACAUGUCUUUCCUUUGCACAAAAUUUUUCACUUGUGGGAUACGUUACUACUUGGAAAUUCCUCCUUCCCAUUCUGUAUUGGAGUUGCCAUACUUCAACAGCUGAGGGAUCGUCUUCUGGCUAAUGGAUUCAAUGAGUGCAUUCUUCUUUUUUCAGAUUUGCCAGAGAUUGAUAUUGAGCGUUGUGUUCGUGAGUCGAUCAACCUGUUUCGCUGGACUCCGAAGAGUGCUACCUACAGGCAGUACGCGCAGCCUCCACGGCCAGCCAGCGAGAGCAACGGCACGAGGACUUCCAUGUCCUGCUUUUCAGCAGACUAUCAGGAAGCACCUCGAAGUGACCUAUCUAGGGAUUCCAUCAAGUUGGAUGACCUGAAGGCAGAGGUGUCACCACGAAUUUCAGCAGAAGAUCUGAUUGAUUUGUGUGAGUUGACAGGACCUAGUCAUUCCAAAACACCUAUAAAGAAAACAAAGCCUAGCAAGCCAAAGCUGCUGGUGGUGGACAUUCGUAACAGCGAAGACUUUAACCGUGGCCAUAUUUCUGGAAGCAUCAAUGUACCAUUUGCAUCAGCAUUUACUGCAGAAGGGGAUCUUGUCCAGUGCCCAGCAACUGCAACGCUCCAGAGCUUUAAAGGAAGAGUCGUGGUGAUUGUAGGAAAUGCAGUGAAGAACACAGCUGCCUUUGCAGCUCAUCUAGUGAAAAACAAAUACCCAAGGGUCUGCAUCCUAGAUGGAGGAAUCAAUAAGAUUAAGCCAACUGGUCUCCUCACUGUUCCUUCUCCGCAAAUUUAAGUGACUGUAAACAUUCAGGACAAUCUGCCUGAAUGGGAUAGUCUUACCAUACAACAUGGAUAUCCAGAACCUAAAGGGCAUUAUGGCAUCUUCAGUAUACAAGCUAUCCUGGUGAUCAGUGUCUUAUCCCGCAGAUCCAGAGCACAGGAGCUUUGCAUUUAUUCUUUAAAAUAGAGCUUCAGUUGGAACAGAGGAAAACUGAACUGAAGCUUCAGGCUUGAGAGGUUUUCUCUCAACACUGAUAUAGUGCACAAGUGGUUGAGCAAGUCUGAACACAGGAGUAACUCGUCUGACACUUGGAAUCCUGUAUUUCUGCAGAAAAAUAUAAACCAGCAUUUGAUGGCUCUAAGCUGCACUUAGGUUAUUUGAAAAAGUAUUUUACUGUGAGUAUUGAAAGUAACAAGCUGAAACUGUACCCUGUGUGUAUCUUGUGAAAAAGUGUGUUCUGUAAUAUUUUAAAGGAGUAAUUUCUGUAUCUUGUGACCUGCUUUAUUUUUGAGAAAGCAUUUUUUCUUGAUUGGAAAUAAAGAUGUGUCCCAGAUUGAAA